GUCUCUUACAUAUUCAUCAGGUCUCCGUAAAUCAUUAACAUAGGUUUCCACCCCUAUCUGCAUGCACACUAGAGUCCUCAGGCGGUUGUCCAGUGUACUCUGCUAGUCUUUUGAUGUAGGACAGAAGCCUUCCUCACUGCUAAACUUCUGAUCUUUCCUUUCUUUUACAGACUUCAGCAGUCAAGCCAGUUCUUGCUGGCUUCAUUAUCUAUGCAUGCAGUCUUUGACACCCUUAUCCUUGGGGUCACCCUCUCCUUGUGGUUCACAUACAAUUGUGUUAGCUACGAACUACAGAAUCAACAUCCUUUACCACGUUCCCCAUCUCAAUCUUUUAGGGUCAUCCUGUCCUCGUACUCCCUUGGUCAGUCCUAUCCUUGAGGUUGAUAUACAACAUAAUCCCUGGGAUGGCUGAAACCUGCAAUAUAGACGUGCUUUCCCUUGUUCCCUGUCUCAGCACACAGCUGUGCCACUUUCCCUGCAGCCUCUGAUCCCACUCCGCUCUGGAGCCUCUUGCUCCCAGCCCCCAAAUGUCCAAGCUCCUCCCAGAGUUUUACUGUUGUCCGGAACUGCGUAGGAGAUCUGGAAUUUUGGCAUACCCCUGUGUUUCCUGCAGCUCUGCUGGGUGCAGAGAGGGACGUCUCUGUCGGUGGGGCUUCCUUGGAGAACAACCCCUGGGGGCUGCCUGCUGUGUCCCCCUGCCCGUGAUAAGCACAGGCUCUGUGCCUUGCCCAAGGUGCUGCUGGCUGUGGCUAUUUGUGUCCGGGCCCAAGCUCAGAGUGGAGGGACCAGGCCAGCCUGUCACUGCCACCGUGGGACAGGAUGUCGUGCUGCCCUGCCACUUGUCCCCUCAACGCGAUGCUCACAGUUUGGAGGUCAGGUGGAUCCGGGAUGAGUUCUCUGAGACAGUGCACCACUACCGCAAUGGAGAGGACCUGUACGGGGAGCAGAUGCGGGCAUAUGCCGGGAGGACAGAGCUGGCCAGAGAUGGUCUCUCUGCUGGAAGCCUGGACUUGCGAAUCACGGGGCUGAGACCCUCAGAUGAUGGCCAGUAUGUCUGCACUGUGAAAAAUGCUGAUGCUUAUGAUGAAGCAACAGUGGAUCUGGAGGUGUCAGCUACAGGCGCUGACCCCCACCUCUCCCUGGGGGGCUACGAGGCUGGAGGCGUCCGGGUGCUGUGUCGAUCGGCCGGCUGGUACCCGCUGCCGCAGCUGCUGUGGAGGGAUGCUCGCGGGCAGCACCUGCCCUUGGUCUCCCAGACACAUUCCCAGGACCAGGAGGGGCUCUUUGAAAUCAAAGGUGCCAUCAUCGUGACCGGGAACGUGGAGGGGCCCUUGUCCUGUGUGGUCAGGAGCAGCCGCCUCCAGCAGGAGUGGAAAUUUUCCCUGCACAUCGCAGCUCCCUUCUUCCACAACGCCCAGCCCUGGAAGGUGGCUUUGGCUGUGGUCCUCGUGCUUUUGGCUGUGUCCAUUGGCCUCGGUGUUUAUCUCUUUCGAAAGCAAGCGGCACAGAGGCGAGAGCUGGAGAAACAAGCUUCAGAGAUGGCGAAAGAACGUGCAAUAUUUGAGAAACAAGCUGCAGAGCUGGCAUGGAGAAGGUGUCUGCUGCCUCAUAAUACAGUGAAGGUGACCCUGGAUCCUGACACUGCUCAUCCCCAGCUUGUUCUGUUGGAAGACAAUACAAGCAUGCAUUUGGAACUUACAUGGCAAGCAGUGCCCAACAACCCAGAGAGAUUUGACUGUUGUUGCUGCGUGCUGGGCCGUGAGGAGUUCAGAGAGGGGAAGCACUGCUGGAAGGUGGAGUUGAGAGGCGAGUUGGAAAAAGAUUCAAAUUUGGCUGUGGGGGUGGCCAGGGCAUCAGUGAAGAGGAAGGGGGGAAUCAACAUGAGCCCUGAAGAAGGGAUCUGGGCGCUGCAGUACGAUGAAGGACAGAUCAUGACUCUCACAUCUCCUCCCAUACGCUUCUCUGUGUCCCCUGUUCCAAUGAGGAUCUGGGUCUGUCUGGACUAUUCAGCGCAGCAGGUGUCUUUUAUCAACGCUGACGAUGGGGAAGAGAUCUACAAGUUCACAGGAGCUUCCUUCAAUGGGGAGAGCAUCCGCCCCUGGUUCUGGCUGUGGACAAGCAGCGUCCAGCUGUGCCUGAGGAGCAGCAUUCCCCAGAUCCUGUCCCCAGCCCUGGAGGGCUCCUGCCCUUCUCCAGCCACUCCUGCAUCACCUCUCCUUGAUCCUGCAGGAGCAGCACAGGAAUGAGGGGCACUGGGGCCAGGGGCUGCCCCGUGUUCCUCCCUUCACACUGAGACCUGUGACAGUUGGUGGGGGGCACUCAGAGUUCAGACAGCCAUUUGCUUCAUGUUUGGGAGCCCCAUUUGUGGGCUCCAGUUUUCUGUUCCUAACUCCAUUUAUAAAUUUGGCUUUUUUUGAAAGCAUGAAUUAUUAACAUGGAUUUAAGUGUAAAAGAAUUAGUAAUACUCCUUGUAGUUAAUUACAUCAACUUUUGAACAUGGAAA